UCCCCAUAGCCCCGGCGGUAGUCGUGAGGCGUCGCAUCGCGUGUUCGGCUGUCGGUCGUUUAAAUGUAUUAUUAAAACAUAUGUGCGACGUGCGCACGAUCUCUCUUAACUAUUGCAGACCAUAUCAUAUUAUAUUAUCACGGUCGUCGUCGCCGUCGUCAUCCACCUGUAACGAGCGUUUACGGACGAUCUGUUUAUAACGGCGUUUUGUCCCGUCAAUAAACGCUGUGGCCGGUCGCCCGUUUCUGCUCGUCGCCGUCACUGCCGUCCAUCGCGUGAACCCGACCAUUAUGCGAUGCCACACGCGCGCCGACCGUCCGUAUUGCCGGCGUCCGACGCGUGCAACUGGUGGUGCCGUCUCUGCCUCUGAUCGUGUCGUCGUUGCCGCCACAACAUGAUCUGCACUGAAAGCUAGAACGAUCGAGCUAUCGCCACUGAUAACGUCCACCGCCGGUAUUCUGUCGCCAACCUAACCGAACAUGUCGUUGUCCGGCAAACUCGUCAUCAUCCUGUUCCUGUUGAUGGUCGUCAAAAUAAAAGAAAGUGUACAAGGCAGAUAUGAAAGAAUGCUUCUGGAUGAGCUACUAAUGGAAUACAAUCCUCUGGAAAGGCCAGUAUCAAACGAAUCGGAUCCCUUGGAAGUUACGUUUGGAAUUACACUGCAGCAAAUAAUUGACGUGGACGAGAAAAACCAAAUUGUCAUAACAAAUGCUUGGUUGAAUAUGGAAUGGGUAGACUACAAUUUAAGAUGGAACAUAUCCGAGUAUGGUGGUGUCAAGGACCUAAGGUUUAAUCCAAACCGUCUGUGGAAACCUGACAUCCUGAUGUACAACAGCGCCGACGAGAAAUUCGAUGGAACUUAUCAAACAAACGUGGUUGUGAGGCAUAACGGUACAUGCCUGUGGGUACCACCGGGUAUUUUUAAGAGUACCUGUAAAAUCGACAUCACGUGGUUUCCAUUUGAUGACCAACACUGCGAUAUGAAAUUCGGUAGCUGGACGUACAACGGAUUUCAGUUGGAUUUAGUGCUCAAAUCGGACGGCGGAGACCUUUCAGAUUUUACAACAAAUGGUGAAUGGUAUCUUUUAGGUAUGCCAGGGAAAAAGAACGUGAUAAUGUACGCCUGUUGCCCAGAACCGUACGUGGACAUCACGUUCCAAAUAAAGAUCAGACGGAGGACAUUAUAUUAUUUCUUCAACCUGAUCGUACCGUGCGUGCUCAUCUCUUCCAUGGCCCUCUUGGGCUUUACGCUGCCACCGGACUGUGGUGAAAAACUCACGCUCGAAAUUACUAUACUACUGUCAUUAACAGUAUUUUUGAACCUGGUCGCCGAGUCAAUGCCAACUACGUCCGAAGCGGUUCCCCUAAUAGGAGUGACCAUCUUGCUAUCACUGACAGUGUUCCUGAAUUUGGUGGCGGAGACACUUCCACAAGUCUCUGACGCGAUACCCUUGCUAGGUACUUAUUUCAAUUGCAUCAUGUUUAUGGUGGCCUCAUCGGUGGUGCUCACAUUGGUCGUGCUCAACUAUCACCAUCGGUCAGCUGACAUACACACUAUGGGACCAUGGGUAAAAUGUUUUUUCCUUCUGUGGUUGCCUUGGAUUUUGUGCAUGCAAAGGCCAGGCAGAGACAUAUCGUUUAAAGCAAUCAGAAGUAGGUAUACCGAGAGGAGGGGUAUGGAACUUCGAGAACGAUCAUCGAGAAGCUUACUAGCUAACGUUCUCGAUAUAGACGACGACUUCCGGGCGAGUGUGUUGUCCCAUCGGCCGUUUAACAGCGGGGCAAGCACUUCGUCGCCGGCGUCCGAGACCCGAAGCGUGUGCACUUACUCUGCCCGAGAGCUACAACUGAUACUACACGAAGUACGGUACAUCACAGACUACAUGAAGAAGCAAGACGACGACCAAGAAGUCAAGAAUGACUGGAAGUACGCGGCAAUGGUGGUGGACAGAUUUUGCUUGAUAAUUUUCACGUUUUUUACUUUGGUCGCCACCGUUGCCGUUCUGUAUUCGGCGCCACACAUAAUCGUCGAGUGACUGACACGUUGUAUUCACCUUGUGGAUUUCAAUAAUAUCGUUUUGUUUUUGUUAUAUUUUUUUUUUCAAACAAAGUCGAGUCGAUUUCGAAUAGAAUACGACUCACGUCACUUGUUAGAUGUAUUAUUAUUGUAACGCCUUAAUGUUUCAAAAACAAAAACGCACGAUAAGAGCUUAAAAAACAAAAUAUUUACAUACAAUUUUUAAAGCGUUUACAGGGUGUUACAAAGAUCAAGGAGAGUAGAAAUUUCCUUUGGCGUAAUAAUAAUAUUAAAAUUGUGGUCAUGUUUAAUAGGUUCCUUUAAAAUGAUUGGUCUGAGUACCAACUGUUUGACCUAUAAAUUCCACAUUUAAUAAUUAUAUCCAUUCCUAUUUGUGCUUUAACUUAUAUUUCAUAUACUGUUAUCAGUUCAGCUACGGAGACAUUGCCAUCAACUUUAGAAAGUAGUAACUUCAAUUGACUCUUUUGGCUUAUUAUCGAUAUUAAUUUCGUGUAACUGUUACGAAACUGAACAAAGAGCUCUCGCUAUUUCUCUUUCUCUUUCCAAGGUCUUGACAUGAAUCUCUUCAAUCGCGAUAAGUCUUAUUAGACUUAUCGUAUAUUGAUUAUUUAUCAAUUUCUACCUACCGAUAACAUUUCUGUUGGCUCAAAAAAUGAGUUACAUACUCUUAAACCUAUUUAAUUUUGAAUGUUUAACAACGUGCUAUAAUCUUAUUUGUUUCAUUGUAUCUUAUUAUUUUUAUUUAUAGUUUAUACCUACUCAAUUAUUUUCCAUAGGUAAACAUAUUUAUUAUUUGUGAUAUCUAGUUCAGGUAUUCUAACUUAAA